CGUAGCGGUGCGGGCGCCGGGGCCCGGUCGGGAUGGGCGCCGGCGAGGCCGACCGCGGGGCGUGGCUGCUGGUGCUGGGCUUCGUGUUCGGGUGCAACGUCCUGCGGAUCCUCCUCCCGUCCUUCUCCGCCUUCGUGUCUAGGGUGCUGCAGCAGGACGCGGGGCAGGAGUCGCAGAUGCGGGCCGAGAUCCAGGACAUGAAGCAGGAGCUCGCCACGGUCAACAUGAUGGACGAGUUCGCUAGAUACGCCAGGCUGGAGAGAAAGAUCAACAAGAUGACCGAUAAGCUCAAAACCCACGUGAAAGCGCGGGCAGCCCAGUCAGCCAAGAUCAAGUGGGCCAUGAGCGUCGCUUUCUACGUGCUGCAAGCUGCCUUGAUGAUUUCGCUCAUUUGGAAGUAUUACUCUGUCCCCGUGGCUGUGGUACCAAGUAAAUGGAUCACCCCACUAGACCGCCUGGUAGCCUUUCCUACGAGGGUAGCAGGUGGCGUCGGCAUUACCUGUUGGAUCUUGGUCUGUAACAAAGUGGUGGCGAUUGUACUUCAUCCUUUCAGCUGAAGAGGAAGAUGUCGCCGGCUAUGAGACUUUAAAGAUGGAUUUUGUUACGUUAAAAAUCUGGUUCACUUUUAACAAAAACACAAAAGUACACGUUAUGAAUGUGUUUCUCCUUGGACUUUGAGAGUCUUCAAAGAAUCAUAACUGUGUCUUGUCCUUGAGCCAGAAAGCCCGUUUCGGACAUGGCGGGUAACCACCGUGGCUCCAGGUUUGUAAGUUAUGGGGUCUCUACAUGCUCUCCUCAUGGUUUGUGCACUUGGUGUAUUUUGGUCCUCAGAAUUUUCUAACAACUUAAGUACUUUAAAGACUUAGUGUUGUUUUAAACCCCUGUUUAGAAAGUAACUUAAUUUUUUCACCACUAUUAGAAUUUAAAAAUUUGCUGUUUAAGCUUACGAGAACAACUGAAAGAAUGACACUAAUAAUAGUUAACACUGGCUGUGCAUUCUUCCUUUUUUUAAAAUAUGUCACUGUUGGACAUAAAUUUGUAUGGUGUGUAUAAAGUAGGUAACUGUAGUACUACGAACCUGUUAAUUUGUUAUUACUGUAUUAUAAAUGUACUCCUGAGACCCUACAUGUCAUGCCAUGUUCAAAGUGUGUUUUGUAUUUAAAGUGUUCCAGAUGAUGUGUUUUGUAAGCGGUUAACAUUCACGCUCUGUGGAACAGAGAUCUGGUUCAGUUAGUUGAAUGGAUGCUGGUCUGGCCUGUAAAAAUGUAACGUGUGAAGCACUUUUUCCAAUGACAACACCUUUGAGUGCUGCUCGCCUUCACUCUCCACAGACGUGUCCUUGCUGUGUGUGUCCUUUGCUGGCACGUGGCUGGAGCUUUGCCCUGCACUCCGUGUGACCAUAACACAGUUCAGCUAAGUCCUAUCACUAGUGCUUCAAAGAUAGUAUUAAUAUUCUGUUUCCUAAGAAGAUCUAAUAAGUAGCUCAUUAUUUCAACUGACUGCACUGUGAGAGGACGUGUGGUCUUUUAUUGUCCUGAAGACCCCCAGAGCAGGCUUAAGGUCCCCUUCCUUACGUGCAGACAUACAGACAGACUUACACUUGCUUAGCUCUGUAAAGAUGCAGAAUAGGGAGCGCAGCUGGGUUUACCUUGAACAGCAUCAGGAGGACACUGCUUCCAGCAGCUUCUCCCAUGUGAGACACUUCAGCUACAAAGGAUGACAGGCGAGCCUGAGGAGGAGAAUAGAGGCACAGGGCAAGGCUGCAGAUCCGGUCCCUCCUGGAGCUUUCCCACUCAGCCCUUUUCCAGCCAGCUGCAGGCCUGAGUGCCAGGUUGGGCAUCGUGCACCUGGAGGCCACGAAGAUCACUAAUCAGAACCAGAUGUCCCCAACCAGACCCUUCUGUCCCAAGGAUGAAUGCUGCUAGGUGACGCAGGAAACUGACAGCUCACUGCUGCUGGAACGGCAGGCUUCGCCACAGCUGCUAAUGUGCUCGUGUAGUUCCGAGGAUUAAGCAGGGGAGAAAUACAUGUCCUUUACGUUUACCUCAUGGUAUGUCUUUUACAUUGUAUUUGUUUUUUUUCUUUUGAAUCUGUUCUUAAACAGAUAAAUAAACAUGCUGUCUUCCAACUGUGUCCUGUCCUCAGAUUCUACUGUGAGCCACUGCUUGGCUCACCAUUGUGAAUAUUGAUGUGUGUGCUCUUAAAGCCUUUAAAUUAUAAAAGCAAAACUUGGAAAACUAUUUAAAAUUUUUUUAAUUUGGAAAGCAUAGAAAAACAGCACUAUCCCACGCAACUCCACAGGACAGAGACUGCUGGAGCUUUUGCUUUUCUGUUUAUGGUAUCAUAUUUGUGUAUAAUACAGGUGUUUAAAUGUUUAAGUUUUCAUAUGCGUUUAAAAGAAUAUAUAUUUUAAAUGUUUUACUGCUUUACAUAGAAUCUGUUUGAUUUAAAGUCCAUCUGAAGCUCUUCAUACCAAUUCAUACCCCAAGCAGGGUGGCUCUGGCACACGCAGCUUGCUCCCACUUUUGUAUGUGUCCCUGAGCAUCUGUGGUCACACCGGGACCUAUCUCUGACGGGACCAGACCCGUGUCUGCUGGCCUGGUUUUCAAACAUAUCCCUGGUGCUUGGGGAGGCAGAGCGGGCCUCGGAGAAAACAGUCCCUACAAGCUGCCCUGCGGGCUGCUCUCCACACUGUCCCUGACCACCGACACUGAUGAUGAUUCGGAUUUUCUUUCCCUUUCCAUCUUAACAGACAUGUCAGCUGAUUUGCAAUGCAAGGUUUUCUUCCAAGCAGUGCUGCUAAGUGCCUUGGGCAGCAGAGACUCAUUUGUGGACUCUUCCUAGUAGGCUUAGUCGAGUACUGAGGAAGGAAAACCCGUGGCUUUCCACCAGGCCCUGUGUGCCUCUUGCAGGGUGUUUUCUUCCUAGUUGAAGCAUUAACAACUAACAUGGUCAGGAAUGUCUGGGUGUCCUCACAGGCUGUGGUGUGAAGCCCUGUGUUGGCUUCAGUCAGCCUUCUUACUGUAUUUUUAUUAUUAUACCUCAAUCAUACAAGGGGGCUAGGUUGUGACAGUUCUGUAAUAUGUACAAUGUACCUCAAACAUGUCCACCCCUGCUCCAUUUCUUCUGCUCUCCACCACUCCUCUCUCCCUUUCAAACACUACUUGUUGAAUUUCAUUAUGCAAGGAGUGUAUGUGUGUGUAAUAUACUUUGACCUUCACCCCCAACACCCCUCCCUCCCACUCCUGGGCUCCUGUCCCCCAGUCUAGUUUUUUACUAUUACCACCAUGAUUUUGGAUCUAGAAUAUAUAUAUAAGAAAAAAAUACAUACGUGGCUUUUGAUUUUGGCUUGCUUAUCUCACUUGAUCUCUAGAUUCAUUUUCUUGCAGAUAAUGUCAUUUCAUUCUUUUUCUUUUCUAUGGAUGAAUUAUACUCUAUUGUAUAGAUAAACACAUUAUCCGUUUAUCAGUUAUUUGGUACCUGGGCUGAUCCCACAGCUUGGCUGUUGUGAACAGUGCUACGAAAAAUGUGAGUAGCCAGGUAUCCUUAUUGUAUGCUGACUUACAUUCCUUUAGAUGUAUGCCCAGAAGUGGUUUGGCAGGGUCAUAAGACAGGUGUAUUUUUAGUUUAUUUGAGAAACCUCCAUAUUGAUUUCCAUGGUGGAUGCACUAAUUUACAUUCCCACCAGCUGUGAAUGAGGGUUCCUUUUUCUCAGCAUCCUUCUUAGCAUUUCUUGUUUUCUUAUUUCCCUUCUGACUAGUAUGGUGGAAUCUCCAUGUACUUUUGAUCUGCCUUUCCUUUAUAGUAAAAGAUGUUGAACAUUUCUUGGUGUAUUUAUCAGCCAUUUGUACUUUCAAAUAAUUAACCUGUUUAUCCACUUACAGUUAACUUUUUCUGUUGAUGUGUGAUUUUGGAGCUCAUUACAUCGUCUAGAUGUUAAUCUUUUGUUAAAUAAAUGGC